UGUGUGUGUGUGCGCGUGUAUGUGUGUGUGUAUGAGGUGACAGUCGCUGCUAGCUUUCGCACAACAAGGAAGUAGAGAUAUAUCGCUCAACUGAAGGAACAACCAUCACAAAACCUUCGACUGCCCCGUCCGAGGCUCCAGCGCUCAGCUCACUGUGUCAGACAUGUGUCCUCUUGCUGAGGAUCUCCCAGGAGGUUCCUCUAAGAUUGAUUUGAGCAGCAGCACCAUGUCUGCGUGUCCAGCCUCCUCAGCCUGAGCCCACUUCAGCUGCCGUCCCAGAGAUUGUCUAUAUUUGUGUACAAACAUGGCCGCUGUUCCUCCUGGGAUUCGCAUGCUAGUGUCCUUCGACAGGGACCAGUGGUACAGAGCGCUCACAUUCAUCCUCACCUUCCUGCUCUACACCAGCUUCCACCUCUCCAGGAAACCCAUCAGCAUCGUCAAGAGCGAGCUCCAUAAGAACUGCUCCUCCGUCAGUGAGAUCGCCACCUUAGCCUCCAGCAGCAGCAGCAGCUCGCAGCUCCCCCCGCAGUCCCUCCACACAGACAUGGACUGUAGCUGGAAGCCUUUUGACAAAAGGAACUACAGACAGCUGCUGGGAGCCAUGGACUACUCCUUCCUCUGUGCCUACGCCGUGGGAAUGUACCUCAGCGGCAUCAUCGGGGAGCGCCUGCCUAUCCGCUUGUACCUGACCGUGGGUAUGCUGAGCAGCGGCCUGUUCACCUGCCUGUUUGGACUGGGUUAUGUCUACAACAUCCACAACAUGGGCUUCUAUGUGUUUGUGCAGGUGGCCAACGGCUUAGUCCAGACCACCGGCUGGCCCAGUGUAGUGACCUGCAUCAGCAACUGGUUUGGAAAAGGAAGACGAGGACUCAUCAUGGGGCUGUGGAACUCUCACACCUCAGUGGGAAACAUCCUGGGCUCUCUGAUCGCCGGCUACUUUGUCUCCUCCAACUGGGGCCUGUCCUUCAUCGUCCCGGGGAUCAUCAUCGCAGUCAUGGGCGUGGUCUGCUUCUUCUUCCUCAUUGAGCAUCCAAAUGACCUGAAAAGCAUGAAUGCUCAAACUACGUCUCCAGGCAAGCGUGUUCCAACCAAGAGCUGGAACGGAGUCAAUGGACACACUGAGGUGUAUCAUCAAUACAAGGACAACCAAACCCAGGCAUACUACUAUUAUGAGGAUAGUGUUCAAAACAGGAAGAGUUACGACACAGAGCUGUUGUUGCCCAGCGACAGUGUGUGUGUCCCCGCGCAGACCGUCGUGGUGGUGAAGAGGGAAUCCGAACCGUCCGCCAUCAGCUUCAUGGGAGCUCUACGUAUACCAGGGGUUAUCGAGUUCUCUCUGUGUCUGCUGUUUGCAAAGCUGGUCAGUUACACCUUCCUCUUCUGGCUGCCGCUCUACAUUACCAAGACCGCUCACCUCGAUGCAAAGAAGGCUGGCGAUCUCUCCACCCUGUUUGACGUGGGUGGAAUAGUGGGGGGGAUCCUGGCAGGAGUGAUCUCUGAUAAGCUGGGGAAGAGAGCCACCACCUGUGCAGUCAUGCUGCUGCUGGCUGCUCCUACACUGUAUGGCUUCUCCAUGAUCAGUGAGUUUGGUAUGGGGCCAACCAUCGGCAUGCUGCUGGUGUGUGGAGGGUUAGUCAAUGGACCAUACUCCCUCAUCACAACAGCAGUGUCUGCUGAUUUGGGCACCCACAAGAGUCUGAAAGGCAACGCCAGAGCGUUGUCCACUGUGACUGCCAUCAUCGAUGGCACAGGAUCUGUAGGUGCAGCACUGGGCCCCCUGCUGGCGGGGCUGCUGUCUGCAGGGGGGUGGGAUCAGGUCUUCUACAUGCUGAUGACUGCUGACUUCCUGGCUCUGUUGCUCUUGUUACGGCUAGUGACAAAGGAGCUGACAUCAACUAAAUCCCGUCCCAUCUCGGCUGUAGAGUUGAAGGAGCACUGAGAACUUUGAUUACACUGCCUCCAAGAUGAACACACACACACACACACACACACACACACACACACACACACACACACACACACACACACACACACACACACACACACACACACACACACACACACACACACACUCACACGCGUGUUGUGCAAUGCAGAGGCAGAGCUGAAGUGCAGCAGGGUCUCCUGCAGGACUCAUCAGCACACACUGUAUGUGGAGACAGGAACACACACACUUCCUCGUCUUGACCUCAGACCUGUUUUCUGAUGCCAGUCAUGUUGACACACUACCUGUUCAUUCUACUUAGGAUUUGCAGAUAAACAAACCUAGCCUUACUUUAAAGUCUAUCUGAACUAGAAGUGACUUCAAAUAUUUAUUUUGGGGGCAAUCUUUGAAACAGCAACUUCCAUGCUUGGGUCCGGAAUGACCCUACUGUACUCUACCUUAAGCACACUAUACCUGACCUUACCAUAACAGUCAGUAUGUAGCCAAACAGCUGUUGUUAGCUGUUAGCUGCAGUCCGCUGCUGCACAGCUAACGGGAACCUGAUUCCCUGUGGACAGGUCAGUUCUGUUCUUCUGAUAUUAUUCUAGGAAAUGAUAUUUAAAGAUGUAAUGUCUGAAGUAUUUGUCAUUAUGACAGAAUGAUGCACAUUUAGCCCAAAUGAAGAAUAAAGGUCUAUCAAACACUUUCAAUUCAUGAAGGCCCUUGACACCAUUGAAAAGUAGCGUGACAUUAAACAUCAACAUGUUUUCAUAAAAAGUGUAGUUCUGUUAAUCGAGUGGACCUUUUCUUCAAAGAAAAAUAGUUUUACUUAGAACAGUUGACUGAUAUUAAGAACACCACGAACACUGUCUCAUAAUGUCCACAACUGUCUCCGGGAAAAGUGUGUCCGUCACUCAUAGGACCAGACCGCUGAGCCAGGAUGGAACGCUUGUAGCCCUCUGCGUUCACACCGUCUCAAACAUAGAGAGAUGGACCAGUUCCCUCUUCUUUAUUUGAGGAAGUAGCACAGACAAACACCACUGCAUGUCCCAAACAUGCCCCCCCCCCCACUGUGGAAGCUGCUGUUUCAAGGUCACCUUUGCCUUACUGAACCAAAGAGGCUGUGGGGGUCCUGCUGUUAUUUAAAUAACAGACUGCUUAUUUAAGUCUUUUAAUUUAUUCCUGUAUGUUGUGCGGUGGUUUCUGAGUUUGUUCUGAAUGAAGGCACCAAAGUGGUAUUUUUAUGUUAACCUGCAGAUGAGGAUGUAUGUGUUUGGUGGGUUUGUGGCUGGGGGUCUAUAGGGAGAUAUAAUGGAUGUAAUAAAUAAUAAUACAAUUUAGAUGACGGACUUGAUGUCAAACUUCUUAUGAAUAUAUUUUGCAGUGCAAUGUUGAUACAUAAGGUUCAUGUGAAAUAUACUGCUCAUAGGAACAGAAUAUUAUCUUCCAAUAUCUGAUCAUUUUUUCCCAGAUUGUAUUAAACUUUUCUAACUAUAUUCUGUUAAUGGAUUGGAUGUAAAAAUGGUAUGUAAGUAAAAUCCACACAACACAAACACAUGUAAUGUUUGUACAUGUUUAUUUAAAAGUGAAUGAUGGUAGCAUUGAGACAUCAUCAUGCCUUCCCCAGAACAGUCCACAUGUGUAUAUGUGCCAGUGGUGGGGGCGUCCUUGAAACAUUGUGUGCCUUGUUUGUUGUUGGUCUUUUUGCUGGGCAGUAGAGUUUGUAAAGACAAAACAAAUCCAAAUGUUUCGAUCAGGAUGGAACUGUGUAAAACAAAUAAACUUUUAAAAAAUG